GCCUUUUUGAAUUCCUCAGUCUCCAUGUCUCUCCUUCUCUAGCUCUUAUAGUCUCUCUUUCUCUCUCUCUUAACUCUCUUUAUAUAUAUAUAUAAAUAUAACAUUAUCAUCGUGGCCAUUAUUAUUAUUAUCAGAAGAUAAGAAAGAGAGAAAAGCAAAGGUAACUUUUAACACUUGAUCACACAACAGAGACAAGAACAUGGGUAGAGCUCCUUGCUGUGACAAAGCCAAUGUGAAGAAAGGUCCAUGGUCGCCUGAGGAAGAUGCCAAGCUCAAGGCUUAUAUUGAACAGAAUGGCACCGGCGGCAACUGGAUAGCCUUGCCUCAGAAGAUAGGGCUUAAGAGAUGUGGGAAGAGCUGUCGACUUCGAUGGCUGAAUUAUCUACGGCCUAAUAUCAAACAUGGAGGCUUCUCAGAGGAGGAAGAUAACAUCAUUUGCAGUCUCUAUUUAAGCAUUGGAAGCAGGUGGUCCAUUAUUGCUGCUCAGUUGCCUGGAAGAACUGAUAAUGAUAUUAAGAACUAUUGGAACACAAGGCUCAAGAAGAAGCUUCUGGGCAAGCAGCGCAAAGAACAAGCAGCCCGGCGAGCUACUCUCAGGAAAGAGCUAAAGAGGGAAAGCCAGAGUUUUAUGGUUCCUGAGGUCAUGAAUCAAAAGAACCUUAAUUAUUGGCCAGAGCUACCAUCAGUAGCAGCCGCCAUGCCAGCCAUGAAUGCGAGUACGCAAGAUUCUAAUUUCUGGGAUGAAGAAUCCCUUAGAAGCAUGCUGGUCAAGCAAGGAGGAAGAUUUUCUGAUGAUCAUCAAGAAUCAAACAUUUCCAGCAAUGUUUAUCCUCUGGAUGUUUCGUGCACUAGCAAUCAAGAUCAUCCAUAUUCAAGCUCGGUGAAUAUUCUUUCUUCUAAUUCGGCGGUGUCCAUCAACUCUACAGAUAGCCCUUGUUCUCAGUUGCCUAGCGCCAACUAUGCAGUCAGUGGAGCAGGUCCAAGUAUCUACCAAGGACUGGAGGAGUUCCCCGUUGAGCUACACGAAUUGGUCUACAGCAACAAUCACCAGUUAGCAGGUCUGAAGAGUUUCUAUGGAAUGGACACGACCAAUGGCGGCGGAAAUUGGAAAAAUGGGGCUAGUAGCUCUGGGGAAAGCGCCAGUUGGGAAAAUAUUGUAAGCUCCCUGGCUUAUCCUCAACUUGUUUCGGAGCUUGAAACUUGUCUACAAAGCCUGCCACAAGAUAAUUCAUCCUACGAAGAUUCUAGUUACUUAGGGCCACAAUAGCAGAACUGCUGUAGUACCACAUAUGCGGAUGGUGUAAAUUACUUGAUUUGUUUUACUAGGAACUUGGUGUUGCAAAUUCAUAAAACCCACAAGAUUUUACUCAAGAGAUUUGUUAAUUUUCUUGUCUCUUA